GCCAUUAAUGCCUCUGCCUCAACCAUGGAAGCCAUCGAUCAUAAAGUUACAGAUUCUAAUACCGAAAUUUUCAAAUUUUGCGAAUUGGGUGAUCUUAGAAAUGCCAUGGAAUUGCUUUGCACGUCUCAGAAAUCUGAAAUUACUUCGAAAACCUACCGUUCGGUUCUACAGCUAUGUGCUGAUUUGAAAUCGCUAAAAGACGGUAUAAAAGUUCAUUCCAUUAUUAGUUCCAAUGGUGAGAUGGUCGACAGGACUUUGGGUUCAAAGCUUGUUUUUAUGUAUGUAACUUGCGGAGAUUUAAAAGAAGGAAGGAGGAUUUUCGAUAAGAUCGACAAUGAAAAGGUUUUUCUGUGGAAUAUGAUGAUGAACGAGUAUGCAAAGAUUGGGGACUUUAUGGAGAGUAUUUACUUGUUCAAGGUAAUGAUUGAAAGGGGCAUUGAAGUGGACUCUUUCACGUUUUCUUGUGUUCUGAAAUGCUUUGCUGCUACAGGAAGUGUGAAGCUUGGUGAAUGCGUUCAUGGGUACCUUUUGAAGUUGGGUUUUGGCAUUUACAAUAGGGCUGUGAACUCUCUAAUCUCUUUCUACUUCAGGUUUAAAAGAAUCGAGAGUGCACGUAAGCUGUUCGAUGAAUUGAGUGACAGAGAUGUCAUAUCAUGGAAUUCCAUGAUAAGUGGGUAUAUGACAAAUAGUCUGGCUGAUGAAGGGUUUGCUGUCUUCAAAGAGAUGCUGUGUUUGGGAGUUGAUGUGGAUUUGGCAACCAUGGUCAGUGUUCUGGCUGGUUGUGUUGAUUGUGGGUCUAUUUCAUUGGGUAAAGCUGUUCAUGCUUUGGGAGUAAAAGUUUGUUUUGAUAAGAAUAUCAUAUUUAACAAUGCUUUAUUGGAUAUGUAUUCAAAAUGUGGAGAUCUUGAUGGUGCCCUAAGAGUUUUUGAGAAGAUGGAUAAGAGGAAUGUUGUAUCUUGGACUUCAAUGCUGGCAGGUUAUGCCCGAGAAACUCAUUUUGAUGGAGCCAUCAGAUUGUUCCAUGAAAUGGUAAUGGUAGGUGUUAAACCUGAUAGAGUUGCAAUUACAAGUAUUCUUCAUGCUUUUGCUUGUAAUGGAUCAUUGGAGAAUGGAAAGGAAUUACACAAGUAUGUCAUAGAAAGCAAUAUGGAGUCAGAUCUGUCUGUUUCCAAUGCUCUCAUGGAUAUGUAUGCUAAAUGUGGAAGUAUGGAGGAUGCAAAUGAUGUGUUCAGACGAAUGCCUGUGAAGGAUAUCAUUUCUUGGAAUACCAUGAUAGGAGGUUACUCAAAGAAUUGUCUUCCAAAUGAAGCUCUUGAGCUUUUUACUGCAAUGCUGCAAGAGCUGAAGCCAGACGUCAUAACAGUGGUAUGUAUUCUUCCUGCAUGUGGCAGCCUAGCCUCAUUAGAGAGAGGAAGAGAAAUCCAUGGUUAUGCAUUGAGAAAUGGAUAUUCUUCUGAUCCGUAUGUUGCCAAUGCACUGGUUUCCAUGUACGUUAGAUGUGGCGAACUGGUUUUUGGGCGUUUACUCUUUGACAUGAUUCCCUCCAAGGAUCUGGUCUCGUGGACAGUGAUGAUUGCUGGUUAUGGGAUGCAUGGAUUUGGGAAUGAAGCUAUUGCUACCUUCAACAAAAUGAGAGAAGCAGGAAUCAAGCCUGAUGUAGUAUCCUUCACCUCUAUAUUGUAUGCUUGCAGUCAUUCUGGAUUACUAGAGGAGGGAUGGAGCUUCUUUGAUACAAUGAAAAAUGAUUACAAUAUCGAGCCAAAAUUAGAACACUAUGCCUGUAUGGUGGAUCUUCUUGCUCGGACUGGUAAUCUGUUGAGGGCAUAUAAAUUCAUUGAAACGAUGCCAAUUGCACCAGAUGCCACGGUUUGGGGAGCUCUGCUUUGUGGCUGCAGGAUUCACCAUGAUGUUAAAUUAGCAGAGAAAGUGGCAGAGCGAGUCUUUGAGUUAGAACCAGAGAACACUGGAUACUAUAUACUUCUAGCCAAUAUCUACGCUGAAGCAGAAAAGUGGGAGGAGGUGAAGAAACUGAGGGAGAAGAUCGGUCAUCGGGGCCUGAAAAAGAACCCAGGAUGUAGUUGGAUAGAGAUCAAGGGCAAAGUCAAUCUCUUUGUUUCAGGAGACAGUUCACAUCCAGAAACCAAGAAGAUAGAGUCUCUGUUGAAGAAGUUAAGGAAAAAGAUGAAGGAAGAAGGCUAUUUUCCUAAAACAAAGUGUGCUUUGAUUAAUGCAGAUGACAUGCAGAAAGAAAUUGCUCUCUGUGGGCAUAGUGAAAAAUUGGCCAUGACUUUCGGAUUGUUAAAUGUUCCCCCAGGCAAAACCAUUCGAGUAACCAAGAACCUGAGAGUGUGUGGUGAUUGCCAUGAGAUGGCCAAGUUCAUUUCCAAGGAAACCGGGAGGGAGAUUGUGCUUAGAGAUUCCAAUCGAUUUCACCAUUUUAAGGAUGGACAUUGUUCUUGCAGAGGUUUCUGGUGAGUAGAGUUUGAAUGUAUAGAAGCCAAUCGUUCAGACUCAACUGCAAACUCCUCCCAGUUUCUAGCAAUGCUCAACGCUGUUUGGUUUCUACCCAAGUACAAUGUCAGAACUUAUUACCAGGAAAUGAAAAAUCUUCUAUGGCAAAUUCCUCCCUCACAUGGUUGUGGUCCAAAGGGGCUAUGAAAGCACCCUAAAUCCUCGAACUUUAGUACCUAAUCAAGCUACAGCGUGACUAACAUCCAACCACCACACAUGGUUGUUGGCUCUGUCAUCAUCCAUCAUCAAUUUUUUCUUCAUAGUUUCAUCACAUUCACAAUCUAAUCAACACACAAUUGUCUG